AUGUCAGUGGCAGAGCCAGGGAGAGAUGCAAACCACACUGAAGUGACGGAAUUCAUCCUGCUGGGGUUUGGAAGAGGCCCAGGGCUCCAGGUGGUCCCUUUUGUGAUGUUCCUGGUGAUUUACAUAAUAACUGUGCUAGGGAACACCAUCCUGGUCCUCACCAUUACAGCCAACUCUCGUCUUCACACCCCCAUGUACUUCCUCCUCAUGAACCUGUCACUCUUAGACCUCUGCUACUCCUCUGUCAUUGCCCCCAGAGCCGCAGUGAACUUCUUAACAGAUGCCAAAAUCAUUUCAUACAGGGGAUGUGCCACCCAAUUAUUCUUCUUUGCUCUCUUUGUCAGUACUGAGGCAUUCAUCCUGACAGCCAUGGCAUAUGAUCGAUACACCGCCAUCUGCAACCCACUCCUGUAUCCCACCACCAUGUCCAAGCCAGUCUGCAUUCAGCUGGUGAUUGGGUCCUAUCUCUGUGCCAGCGUGAACGCCAUGGUGCAAACCAGCUUCACCUUUACUCUGCGCUUCUGCGGCUCUAAUGAGAUCGAUCACUUCUUCUGUGAUGUUCUACCCCUGCUAACCCUCUCAUGCACCGACACAUACAUCAAUCAAAUGGUGCUGUUUGCCUUAUCGAGCGUCAUCAUAGUGAGCACUGCCCUGAUCAUUCUUGUCUCUUAUGUCUAUAUCAUCUCUGCUGUCCUCCAGACUCGCUGUGCCACGGGCAGACACAAGACCUUCUCCACCUGCACCUCCCACAUGGUAGCUGUGAGUUUAUUUUAUGGGACUGUUUCCUUCAUGUAUGCCCAGCCAAGUUCAUUAUCCUUUCCAGAUCAGAGCAAAGUGGUGUCUGUGUUUUACACCCUGGUCAUCCCCAUGUUGAAUCCCUUCAUCUACAGCCUAAGGAACAAGGAUGUGAAAGAAGCUUUGAGAAGAACCAUAGGCUGCAUAAUGGUUUUGAAAUGA